ACCUGGCACCACAACCAAAGCAGCCACACAAAGUGUUUUCUUCGUUCCGCUGUCAGCGGAUCUUCAGGGCGACUUUUUGCUCCUUCCUUAGGGGAGCAUAAAAGCAGCAAAAUGCAGGUUGCGCUCAGUGUGGUUGCGCUGGCGUCCUUGGGCCUGCUUGUCAGCGGUGCCUCGGAGGACGGAAACGCCACAGAGGACGCUUUAAAAGAGUUGUCCAAGGCCGGAGAGGUGGUGGUGGGCGAGGAGGUGAAGCGCGCCUUGUACGGCGUGGGCCAGAUGAGGGAGGUGAUGUGGAGAAACCAGCGCAAGCACGAGCGCCUCAUGAAGUCUCUGCACCACAGUGGUGACAAGAAAAAGGGAGCGGCGCAACUGGCCCAGGACGUGACGGAAAAGCUGCGGGAGGCCGAGGAGCAGUGCAGGGCCUCUUUACAGUCAGAGUGGGACGAGUGCAGACCAUGUUUGGAGGACGCCUGUAAAACAUUUUUCACCAACACCUGCCGCAGGGGCUUUGCGACGUUCCAGACCAAAGUUGAGAACUUCUUCCGCCGCGUGUCGAGACGCUUCGGCUUCAGCGAACCGGCCGCGGAAGCGGACGACAUCCUGGUGAACCAGGACCCAGACAGCCCCGAUGCCGAAGUGGUCCGCAUCCAGGACGCCUUCGCCCGCCUGAGACGCAAGGUCGGGUUGCUGGUGAACGGCAGCGCCGCCCUGGCCUCCAGGAUGAGCGACGGACUGGACCGGGCGGUGCGCGGGGCUCUCCUUGGCGCGCCCCUAGCGCCGAGCGCCACGGUGGCCCCUGACGACCCGGCCCGUGACUCGGGCUUCCUGCAGGGCGUGGGCCUCGAGGAGGUGCUGGACUCUUUCUUCGACUUUGGCCGCAGCGUGGUGGAGGAGUUCGGGGCGGUGGUGACGCAGGCGUUUGAUGGCCUCCACACACCGCAGCAGGAGGCCAAAGAGAGAGAGAAAACCCUCCCACGGUCCCCCCUGCGGACCAGGAAGUUGUGCCGAGACCUGCGCAAACAGUCGUCCGAGUGUUGGCAGCUGCAGAACCAGUGCGAAGCUUGCCAAGGGGCACUGCUAACAGAAUGUCCCAGCGUGAGGGAGCUGCACGUGGAACUCCGGCGGGUCUCGCAGCUGCUGGGCGUGUCCGGGGAGCAGUACGACGAGGUCCUGUCCAUCGUGCGGCUCCACGCCGACGAGACGCUGGGCUGGCUGAGCAACAUGGCUGCGGAGUUCGGCUGGGUGGCGCGGGCGGACACUCAAAACAUCUUCCGCAUCACCGGGGUGGUGCCAAAGGGCCAAGACAAGAACAUGUCAGCGGGGGAGACCCACGUGGAGGUGAACAUCCUCAACUCUCCUUCGUUGGUCUUCUCCGUGCCGGGGGAGCUGAACCUGCACGACCCGGCCUUCAUCCAGUACGUGGUCCAGGAGGCUCUGGAAAGGUACAAGGAGAUGAUCAGGUACCAGGAGGACGAGUAAACAACCAAUCACAGAGAUCCAUAGAGAUGCAGAAUUUCAACAGCUUAGCUGUUGCCUGAUAGAGGAAAAAACACAAGAUUCCAUUUCCAUGACCUCCAGAUGUUACAUUUUGAGGUUUACAAGUAGAAACGGCAGUAGAGCAAACUCGAAUUCAACUUUUCAAGUCAAACUUUUAUUUAUUUUUGAUCUGUACAAAAAUUCUAUUAGUUCCCAUUAUUUUUCUCCAUCUCUAGUUCAAGUCCUACCUUUUGGAACCAUCACAUACUGUAUUAGGUUCUCCGCAGCCAAACAUACAAACAAAUUGAAUUCAAAACAAGGAAAAAGUUCACAUCUUCGUCCGAACCGCUGGCUUCCGUACGCAACUUUGUCACCGUGCGCCUCUGGACCGACACUUGG